AAAAUGAUAUGUUGGAUUUGGCAUUUGGAUUAACCGAGACUUCGCGAUUAGGAUGCCAGAUUGUUAUGAGAAAAGAUUUAGAUGGAAUAACAGUCACAAUACCGGCUGCAACGAGGAAUGUUCAAUUGAAAGGUGCGGACUUUGUUUUGAAAUAG